UUUUUUUUUUUUUUUUUUAGAAAUAAACGGCGGCAGUUAAACAAAAUAGGCGAUAUAGCUACAUAGCUAACGAUUAAAGUUAGGCGACAUCGUAUAUUACGGUACUGUCUGUGUCAGAAGGAGGUCAGAGGACGACCACACACAGUUCAGCAGGCAAACUGUCAUUUUUUGUCAUGUUUAUGUUAGUUUAAUGGGUCAUAUAGAUGUCUAUGAACCGGUGUGUGUAGCGGUGUUAGCAGGAGACAUGCAGUGAAAGUCUGCUGGCGGUUUAAUAUUCAGUCCCAGGUGUUCUCAUGACUUCUGUAGUGAGCUCCUCAUUCCUGUCACCUGUCAGACUUUGCUGUUUGUAUCGCAGUUUGUGUUCAGGAGCGAACAGGACAAUCUCUGCAAACGGCUUUGGUCAAAGGACAUCAGAAGGUGCAGCAGCUCUGUCCAGACGAAUUCACUCUUCCUGUUGGAAUGGGACCCGAGGAUUUUUCUCCAGCGGCGACGGUGCGUCCGACCAGCAGCAGACUCUGGAGGGCAUCGCCAAGAAGAUCCGAGAGAAGAAGUACAAGAGGGUCGUGGUGAUGGCUGGAGCUGGGAUCAGCACUCCCAGUGGCAUCCCUGAUUUCAGGUCUCCAGGUAGCGGUCUCUAUGACAACCUGCAGCAGUACAACCUGCCGUAUGCCGAGGCCAUAUUCGAGAUCGGCUUUUUCCACCGAAACCCUGACCCCUUCUUCGCCCUGGCCAAAGAGCUGUAUCCAGGAAACUACCAGCCCAACCUGACGCACUACUUCGUACGUCUGCUUCACGAGAAGGACCAGCUGCUCAGGAUGUACACGCAGAACAUCGACGGGCUGGAGAGACUUGCAGGGAUUCCUCCGGCGAUGCUGGUGGAGGCUCACGGGACGUUCGCCACCGCCACCUGCACUGUGUGCCUGAGGAAAUACGAGGGCGAGGACCUCCGGCCAGACGUGAUGAGCGGGACGGUCCCCAAGUGUCCCACCUGUAAGGGCGUGGUAAAACCCGACAUCGUGUUCUUUGGGGAGGAGCUUCCACGUCACUUCUUCAAGUAUCUCACUGACUUCCCGCUGGCAGACCUUCUGAUCAUCAUGGGAACUUCACUGGAGGUGGAGCCCUUUGCCAGUCUGGCCGGAGCAGUGCGCAGCUCAGUUCCUCGGCUGCUCAUCAACAGGGACUUGGUGGGACCGUUCGCCUGGAGCCGCCGGCCUCAGGAUGUGGUGCAGCUGGGUGACGUGGUCAGCGGUGUGCAGGCUCUGGUCGAUGCCCUCGGCUGGACUCAGGAGCUGGAGGCUCUGAUGGCGGCCGGUGCUGAGAAAGCUGCAACAAAAAACGAAGAGUGAGAAGAUUUAACGUCAUCACUGUUGGAGGUUUGACUUUAUUCACUGCACUCAAACAUCCAAACUGCAGGAUUAAACCUUACUGACUUGUUUUUGCUCACAGUUUUACUGAGACUCAUGUCUUUAAAACUGGCAGCACUGAUCAGGGGAAACUCACAGACUGACAACUAUGGAAAUACAGUAAAACUGAUCAAUGAUGCUCAGUUAAAUGCAGAAAAACCUUUAAAAAAAAAAGCAGGUAAGUAAUGAGGAGUGAUAAUGUGGUGGAACAAGUUACUCUGGGUGUUUUUUUGUCGUCACUAAAACAAAAUGUUCAGGCUUUUUUUUUUGUGCAAUGGAGUAACUUCUGCAGAUGACUUAUAAUGUGCCAUCAUACAUGGUUCAUGUUAUUUAUUAGUCUCUAGUUUCUUGAAAUACUGUGCACAGUUCCUGUAGGAAAAAAUGUGUCCUUCAUCUUGAAUCAGAAAUGUAAUGCCACUAAACCAGUGAUUUUACUGCUGUUUUACUUGGUUUACGAUGUACAAUUUAAAUAUAACAAAUAUGUCUGUAGAAGACAGUGAACAUACAGAAAAUUAAGAAUGUUAUUUUUGCAUUUUAGGUUGAGUUUCAUAGAUGGGUAGAUAGAUAUAUACUUUAUUGUCCCAAAGGGAAGCUUGUCUCUGUCACCACUGAAUCACACUGCACCUUUGUCAGCAAAAUCAUAAUGCACUUUCACGCAAGGAUCAUAAAAAAGUGCCUAAUUUUACAUUUUUAAAAGAGUGGGUUUGCAGUGCAGUGUUGUUAAAUGGUAAAAACAACAGCUGUAGUCAAAUCAGUGACUUUGUAAAAUAAUAGGAAAUAAAAAUAGAUAUGAUCAAUACUGAUAAAUGCUAGAGCCGCACUGUCUGAAACCCACUGAAAUCACAGGUCUCCUACUUGUUGCUGUUUAGUAUCUUAAAGACAGCUGAGUUCUUGUCAGUUCAGUUUAUUCUUUGCCAUCUUGAACCUUCUGCCUGACGUCAACACUUCAGAUUCUGGAUUCAGGUUGUGUGUCGUAUCAUUUGGAAUCUUCUGUCCUCUCCUCCGCAUGUAUUUUUCUUAAAGAGACUGAAAGUAGUGAUGGUCUGACUGUGCAGACAGGUUACAUGUCUGUCAUAUCAAAUUAUAGCCUAUAAAAUCAUUCAAUAAACGAAAAAGUACUUAAAAAGUACAUUCUCUGUUGUGACCUCAAGCAAAGGUUUUAAACAUGAACAUGACACCAAGAUAUUUAUGUGAAUGAACCUGUUUUAUCAGCAUGUUGUGGAUGAGAGCUGGAUUAUUCUCAUUAAUUAACUUUGGUGGCAAGUAUCACAACAUUUCAGUGAUAACAUGAUGUGUUUUCAUCUCUUUGUAAUAAUAAAUGAUGUCAUCAGAGAA